AUGGCUGCUGUUAUUUCCUCGUAUCUAAGAUAUUCUGCUACAGACAGACGAUCAGGGUGUCCUCGCCUUUCUCUUACAUUUGACGCAAAGCCGAAUAUUGACUUGGAGGUUGACAUCUCGGUCCCUAUCACUUUUACUAUCACUCGCGAAGUGGAUGACCCCGAAAGGCGACCAUGCAUUUUCCACUGGGACCCGAUUGAGGAUGGAUUUGGCCAGGGCAGCUUCAUGCUGUUUCGGCGGAUUCCCGUAGGAUUUUUCGAUUUUGACUGGCAUCCAAUCUCGAUCAACCCUAGUCGGUUGUCGUUGCUAGCAGAAAGCUCCCUUGAGCCACGCAAGGUACCGACAUCGCAUCCAUGCACCAAAGAACUGCUUCCAGGCGCCAGCGUUUCCUGGAAGGUCUCCUUGCCGGCUGUCUACUUCGACUCCUUCCGACCUGGGCAUUACUACCAGACCCUGUGGGUAGGCGGACAAAUCCCUCUGUGGGACUGGGGCACAUUGGCGAAGUACCGGAAUCGCAAAUUAGACCCCAAAUCCCCACCGUUGAUCCUUCCCAGCUCGGAGAAACAGUCGUUGUAUAUUUUGGACGAAGAAAGCGACAUUGAUGAUGUGGGCGCGUUGCCACCUUCACCUCCACUACUUCUGGCGUCUGUCUGCCAGUUGCGUGGUGGUGCCCCAAUCCUAACCUUGAGCAUUGCUGGACCUGCUACACUGUCGCGGAAAGACUACGAUCCUUCAAGUCGUCUUCGAUAUGCGGUGACGGCUACACUAUCCUACGAAGCAGCCCCGAACAUCUCUCUCCAAGAACCCAUUGUGUUUCAUACCUUUCUCUUUAGAGAUGUCGAUUGGCGUCAAGAGGGAUUUAGGCUCUACCGGAAAAAAGACGGCCAGUGGCAGCCCUAUGAAAUACGGGGAUCCUUCACACAUCAUCGGUAUAGAUUUCCAAACCCCGUGUCAAAGAAUGUGGGCCGCAAUGAAGACAAUGACUUCCAUGCACUUAAUCCGGGUGAGUCGUGGUCGUUCACGCGACGAGUGACUGACUUUCCGGACAGCGUGGUGCUCGGGGAUACCUUCCGGUACUGUUACAAGGGGGCUCAACUCGACUGGUGGGACUGGGGUCAUUUUCAAGAUCAUAAAGAUACGGUGGUUACCAUUGACGGCAAAGUACGCGAGCCAGAAGAUAACGGAGGCCGACCUGCGCUUGUCGUACCGGCUAGUAACUACGUGGAGUUCACAGUGUCGAGCCUCUUCCCCUUGCUGCGCGAGUAUGGCAUCCGGUUCUACGCAAGCGAGCAGGCGAGCUCGUCCGGCGGCCGCUGGGAUCCGGACUCCGAGUUCGGAAAGGUCUAUCGGAGUCUGUACAUGAAGCCGAAGAUGUUGAGAGUCCUGGACACCUGGAACGAGGUCGCGGAGAAGGCGGGAAUCUCCAAGGCAGAGUUGGCGUACCGGUGGGUGGCGUAUCAUUCCGCGUUGGACAGGGAGCUUGGUGAUGCUAUUAUUGCGGGGGCGAGUGGUGUCGAGCAGUCGGAUCAGACUCUGACGGCCCUGGAGAAGGGCCCCCUCGAAGAUGAGGUUGUGAGGCAGAUCGAAGCCAUCUGGGAGGUUGCGAAGGAGUUUGCGCUCUUGGAUAAUUUCCACUCGCGCUAG